CCAAGAUGGCGGCGAUGGCGGCUGCACGAGCUGUUCCUGUGGGCCCUGGGCUUCGGGGCUUGCAACGAACAUUACCUCUGGUAGUGAUUCUCGGGGCUACCGGCACUGGCAAGUCCACCCUGGCAUUGCAGCUAGGCCAGCGGCUUGGUGGAGAGAUCGUCAGCGCUGACUCCAUGCAGGUCUAUGAAGGGCUAGAUAUCAUCACCAACAAGGUUUCUGCCCAAGAGCAGAGAAUCUGCCAGCACCAUAUGAUCAGCUUCGUGGAUCCUCUUGUGACCAAUUACACAGUGGUGGACUUCAGGAACAAAGCAACUGCUCUGAUUGAAGAUAUAUUUGCUCGAGACAAAAUUCCUAUUGUCGUGGGAGGAACCAAUUAUUACAUUGAGUCUCUGCUCUGGAAAGUUCUUGUUAAUACCAAGUCCCAAGAGAUGGGCACUGAGAAAAGGGUUGACCGAAAAGUGGAGCUUGAAAAGGAGGAUGGUUAUGUACUCCACAAACGCCUAAGCCAGGUAGACCCAGAAAUGGCUGCCAAGUUACACCCACAUGACAAGCGCAAAGUGGCCAGGAGCUUGCAAGUGUUUGAAGAAACAGGAAUCUCUCAUAGUGAAUUUCUUCAUCGGCAACAUGCAGAGGAAGGUGGUGGUCCUCUUGGAGGUCCUCUAAAGUUUCCUAACCCUUGCAUCCUUUGGCUUUAUGCUGACCAAACAGUUCUAGAUGAGCGCUUGGAUAAGAGAGUGGAUGACAUGCUUACUGCUGGGCUCUUGGAGGAACUAAGAGAUUUUCACAGACGCUAUAAUCAGAAGAACAUUUCAGAAAAUUGCCAGGACUAUCAACAUGGUAUCUUCCAAUCAAUUGGCUUCAAGGAAUUUCACGAGUACCUGAUCACUGAGGGAAAAUGCACACCAGAGACUAGUAACCAGCUUCUAAAGAAAGGUAUUGAGGCUCUGAAACAAGUAACUAAGAGAUAUGCCCGGAAGCAAAACCGAUGGGUUAAAAACCGGUUUUUGAGCAGACCUGGUCCCAGUGUCCCUCCAGUAUAUGGCCUAGAGGUGUCUGAUAUCUCAAAGUGGAAGGAAUCUGUUCUGGAACCUGCUCUUGAUAUAGUGCAAAGUUUUAUUCAGGGUCACAAGCCUGCAGUUGCUCCAAUGAAGAUGCCAUUCAGUGAAACUGAGAACAAGAGAAGUUACCAUAUGUGUGAUCUCUGUGAUCGAAUCAUCAUUGGGGACCGUGAAUGGGCAGCACAUAUAAAAUCCAAAUCCCAUUUGCACCAACUGAAGAAAAGAAGAAGAUUGGACUCAGAUGCUGUCAAUACCACAGAAGGCCAGAGUAUUUCCCCAGACUGUGACAAAGAAUUUAAAGAGAAGGGAUUCUCACAGCAGAAUGAUGAAGAGCUGAAAUCCAGCAUUUAAGAGACAUGUUCAGUGGCCUUUGCAAAGGUGGUGGGAAUACAGUUGAGGAUGGAGGGCUGUGCCUGUCUCCACAUCUGGGCUGAGGAGUACUGUUUAGAAAGCCUCACCAUUUUCUUUCAUUAAGUGGUGUGGUUUAAAAGUCUCAUGUUGUCUGUAAUGGAAACAGCAGGUCUUUCAGCUCCUUGUGUGGCUGUUGUGUCAGGGUAGGAAUUUUUUUUCUUUGAACCUUAAAAGAUUUUAUUUUAAAAAGAAGCACAGAUUAUACAUUUUUAUACUUGAGGAUCUUUUUAGUGGUGAACACCAGGAUUCAUUACAUCUUUUAAAAGAAGUUUUGUUUUUUUUUUUUUUUUUUAAUCCCUGAUGCUGGAUAAAAUUUCUAAUUUCCAGAUGCUUCUGUAGGUGACUGAGAUAUUGUGUGCCACAAAUCAGGAAUUCUGGAUUUGAGUGGAUGGCAGGAAAGGACCAUCCCCAGUAAGAUGAUUAAGUGAACCAGACAAGUUCUUAGAAUUCCACAGUGAAGGAGGGAAUCAAACUGAUGUUGUUACCUGGAACUUGAAGACUAAAGACUUUGAAAUUCUUUGAGCUACUACUGUGUGAUAAUUGCUAUAAUUGUUGUGUUCUUGUUGAGUUAGAAAUCUCUGUUUUAAUUGAAAGCCAAAUAAAG